CUGAACCCCAUUUUAGACAACUACUGAACAUUUCCUGUUGUCAAGUCACGACCAUGCUCUCGCUAUAGUUUUACUUCCGCCUUUUAUAUACUUCUUCAAAAAUUGUGAUUCAAUUAAAACAUUCUGGCUGCAUAAUACUUAUCGAAAAUAUUACUUCAAACAAACUAGUAGGAAAGCGACAUUUUCAACCGGUGUGUCUGUUUUCAGUGGGCCCACAGCGCCCUCUGUUGGCUGGUGCUUAGCAACGCAUAUUUAGGCUCGGAAACAUGGCGGCGUCUGUGUAUUCAGAAUAAAUGCUGGUCUCACUUUACUAAGCCAGACAAGGCAGCUGAUGAGGUUUGACAGAACGAAAUAAGGGUCAUGUCCAGGCUGGCGGUGGUCUGUGGAGGCUCCAGGGGGAUUGGGGAGGCUGUGGCCCGCCUGCUGGCAGAGAGGGGCUGCAGGGUGGCAGUGGUCUCCAGGAACCAGGAGGCAGCCGAGGCUGCUGUGGCUGCCCUACACGGAGCUGACCACAGGGCCUUCAGCUGUGACGUCUCUAAGGAGCAACAGGUGCAGGAAACCUUUGAAACUAUCCAGAAGACCUGUGGAGACAUCGCUUACCUUGUGAACGCCGCUGGAAUCAACAGGGAUGCUCUGCUGCUGAGGACGAAGCCUGAAGAAGUGGUGGCAGUGCUCCACACCAACCUGCUGGGCCCCAUGCUGACCUGCAGGGCCGCACUGCGCAGCAUGCUGCGGACCCCGGGAGCGGCCAUCGUUAACAUAGGCUCUGUGGUGGGCCUGAAGGGAAACUGUGGCCAGUGCGCGUACGGUGCCAGUAAAGCCGGUUUAGAAGGUUUCACUCGGUCGUUAGCCAAAGAAGUGGCUUCACGUAACAUCCGGGUUAACCUGUUGGCUCCAGGUUUCAUCCACACUGACAUGACCGUGGGGCUCAAGGAGGAGGCCAGAGCGCGCUCCAUCCCUUUGGGGAGGUUUGGCACGCCAGAGGAGGUAGCCACGGCCGUCCUCUUCCUGUUGGACUCUUCAUACGUUACAGGACAGGUGCUGGUGGCAGACGGUGGACUGCAGCUGGCCAUGUAGGGAGCGGCAUCACUGGUGCAUAAGGAAGGAAAGCCUUUCAGUUCUGGGUGUCUUGUUUAAGCAAGGAUGCUAAUGACGAGCGACGGCUUUAUGCUAAUAUGGAUGGAGAUGAGGCUGAGUUAGAAGAUGAAAUCCCUCAUCUGCCUUCAGAGGGCUGUCCUACUGAGUCACUGAGCCGCAUUGUGUGUGUGUGUUGUGACUAACACUGCUGACUCCGAAGUGUCUGGCCCUGUCCAGACCUCUGUGCCCCGGGGUCCUAAAUUUAAUCACCAGAUUUAACGCUGCGGCUCAUUUUCCAUGACUGAUUCCAGCGCUCGUGUUUUGUUUUUCCCCACCUCCCUCGGGAGAUCCCCCCCAGCACGUUACCCCCUCUAUCUUCCCAACACCAUCACCCUCCUGAUUCCACCUCUGGUGGGGGCCUGUCCGGGAACGAGGCCCUUUGGGCUGCAGCUGGAGAAAAUUAGAGGUGGGGGUGGUAUUUUUAGAUUGGGGAAUGUUUUCCCGUGUUUGGUUACAGCUUCGGACCUGCAGGGACGACAGAGGUGACUGUCAUGUCCAGUAGUAAGAAGUUACUAGGUUCAUCUCUACCAUUAUAAAGAAUCAUUUAAAAAGUCGAAUGAAUUAGCAACUUUACAUGUUUUUGCCCUCCUGCUCUCAAUGUUUGCAUUGCAAAAAGUACAACCCUUUUGUAUUUUAUCCUUUUCAAAAAAAAAAUGUCAACAUCGCUUUGUCCACUGGUCUUCAUUGUGCUUUUGUCUAUCGGUGAAGAAAUUUAGGAGGCACCUGCUAAAGGGUGCAUAUCGGUCGGACCCAAAUCUGGGGUUGCGAUGCUGAGAGGUUAUGCAGGCUCCAGGUUUGUGUCAAAGCCCAACCAGCUUGUGUUUGUUGCAUGAAAAUGACCAGAAUUAGCACAAACACUGUAUCAUGUUGACUAUCUUUGACCCGCUCCGUUUAGUAGUUCAGUUUUAGUCAACCUGCUAGUUAUAGCCCACAUAUUGACCUAAUUUUAGCUUUUACACUGCCUACAAAAUGGAUCCUUCUAAAAAAUAUUUCCAUAAUGAGGUUUAUAAAAACAUUUCACUUUCUUCAGAUCUGGAAUUUUAUUACAGUUCAUGAGCUAAAAUGAAAUCAGGAGAACAAUCUGUACACAGGCACUGAUUGGCAUAGAAAUGUGCCAGCACUUUAAGGUCAGCUGAUACAAGAUCUAAACGGGGACAAAAUGAUAGAUACAAAUAUAUUUUAAUUUCUUUUUUUUUUUCUUUCUUUUUAUUAUUUUGAGUGUUUAUUACCCCUGAAUACUGCAAGAAGUUGUGUUUUAUACAUCCAUGUAAAAGCUGUUUGGCACUAUACAGGAGUUUGAAAAGAACAUGCAAAGAAAAGUUGUUUAAUUGAAGCGAUUUAAGGCAGUACGUUUAUAAAACUUCAUUUCUUUUUUUGUUUUGAAGGUAUAAUUUAAGAUAGGAUGGUGGGGAAGGCAAAUAGAAUAAGAUAGUGUGAUCUGUGCUGCAUAGGAGAGCUACACUGAAACCUUUCAUGAGUCAGAACAUUACAUUGCACACGGCUAGGAAAAAUAAACCUCCAAAGUAGAGGGAAAUCGACUAAAUGAACCAUCUUUAAAGCCUUUUACUCUCACUCCACUGUACACCUGCUCUUCCACAUACAUCCUGCUCAACUUAACCUCAAA